AAGUAUAGACCUUUGUGUGGCCCCCAAAUGGACCAUGGACCACCUAUGGAUGUGCCUGCUGAUUUUGGUGGCCCACACCGGAAGCAGCAAAUCCCAGAUUGCCCUACCGACGGCACACACAGUCUCGCCCUUUGAGAUCCUGCCAAAGAUCGUCGGCGGCUACACGGUGACCAUUGAGCAGGUGCCCUUCCAGGUGUCCGUGCGCCGGCGUUCGAUCCACGAGCGGCACUACGGCAUGGGUCAUGUGUGCGGCGGAGCGGUCAUCUCCCAGCGGGUCGUCUGUUCGGCGGCACAUUGCUAUGCCAUAAAUACCACAGUGCCACUGGUCUAUCGUGAUCCCGAGCUCUAUGUGGUGGUGGCCGGCAGCAGCGCCAUCGAUCGGACGGACCGCUUCACCCAGGAGUACCUGGUGCAGCGCAUCAUUGGCCACAAGGGCUACAAUGGCAGCACGCUGGAGAACGACAUCGCCUUGCUCUUUCUCAACGGUUUCAUACCCUGGGAAUCGCAUGGGGUGCGUGCCAUACCGCUGGCCACACAAGCACCCGAGGAGGGCACCACCUGCCUCAUUCACGGCUGGGGCAAGGUCACCAUGAAGGACAAAUCGGCUGCGCUGCAGCAGGCACCAGUACCGAUCCUCAACCGGGAGCUCUGCCAGGUGAUCUACAAGCUGCCCGCCUCCCAGAUGUGCGCCGGAUUCCUGCAGGGCGGCAUCGAUGCCUGUCAGGGUGACUCCGGUGGGCCGCUGAUCUGCGAUGGCCGCCUGGCCGGGAUUAUAUCAUGGGGCGUGGGCUGUGCGGAUCCCGGCUAUCCGGGCGUCUAUACCAAUGUGUCGCACUUCCUAAAUUGGAUACGGGGGGCAAACGCUUCGCUGGACUACUCCGAGUACCGGCAAAUGCCGCUGCUGAAUCUGGCUAACCGUCGAUGUCGUUGGCGAUCUGUAUCUUUGGGCUUCUUGGUAAUGGGUAUUGGUGUGCUGGCGCUUAUCAUGAGCCUUCUUCUUUGACAAUGGGACAGCACAAUAAAUCGCAUGCUCUUCUCUGUUCUACAA